GAGGAUAUCGCGAUUUUUCAAUCCUCUUGUUAAAAGGGAUUGAAAAAUCGCGAAAUCCUGGCUCAACUGUUGUGCUAUUGUUCGAACAUCUCGCGUUAGAUCUGGUGGUCUUCCCUUCACUCUGAUUUCAUGAGUAAAAAGUCAUUUUCACGCACCCAUACCGACGAGGAGAUGUCAAAGAUGGAGGGCCAUGAGGUUGUUGGUCAAUGCGCCCGAUUUCAACAGCUUCAACUGCACCCAUCGACCCAUCGCCUACUGCGAGAAUCGAGCUUCCACGUCAGACUACACCUCAUCGAGCCCCAUUACUUUAUUUAUUUUUUAUUGAGUUAUUUCCGAAAGUUCAAUUUGCAAGCAGAAGAAAAGGUCCUGAGCCACUCGAGGCAGAAGCAUCAAGCGUGCUCCUUAUUCAACGGUUCUUUGUUUAGCAUCCUAUUUCUUGUCAAACAUUCGCGGAAGAGACAUUUACACAAAAAAGUCCAAAAAAAUAUUUUUUAAUUUUUUAAUCCAAAAAUUAAAUUUCC